AUGAGAGAAGAUGUCAAUCUGACCGGAAACGAAUACAACCUGCUGGUGACUUGUCUAUCUGAUAUUGUCGGUCAAGUUCCUCACGGCCUCAUCAUACAAAAGGUUGCGCCCCGGAUAUGGUUCCCUCUCAUGACGCUUGUCUGGGCUGGGCUCACCAUGGUGUGCGCGGCUUGCAACAACUUCUCCCAGCUAGCAGCGGUCCGGUUUCUACAAGGUGUGGCCGAGGCAUCGACUUAUAGCGGGACUCAGUACAUCAUUGGCAGUUGGUACAAAGGCCCAGAAGUUGGCAAACGCAUCGGUCUUUUUCAGGCUUCUGGAAUGGCGGGAACCAUGUUUGCCGGUCUCUUGAUGACGGCCAUUUGGAAAACAAUGAACGGUUUGGCCGGCUUGCCAGGUUGGCGAUGGUCUUUCAUCAUUGACGGCAUCAUCACGAUCCCGGUGGCCAUAUUUGGCUUCGCUUUCUUCCCUGACCUGCCCGAGUCAACGAAAGCAUUCUAUCUCAAGCCGCAUGAGCGGGAGCUUGCACUGAGUCGUCUGCCUCCAAAGAAUCCAGAAGGACACAACAUCGGGCUCCCUCUGUUGAAGAAGGUCCUUCUCACCCCGAACUUUUGGAUCUUCAACAUCUUCUGGAUGAUCGGCGGCGCGUUAGAGGCAUUCUCCACGCAGACGUGCAUGGUCUUGUGGAUGCGCGCGUCAGGGGAGUUCACGGUGCCGCAAAACAACACCUACCCGCUGGGCAUCACGGCUAUAGGCAUUGUCAUGACACUGGUUACCUCUGUUGCUAUUGAUGGUACCGGAGUGCACGCCCCGUACGGCUUCUUUGCGUGCGGCGCGCAAAUCGUCAGCUGCAUCAUCCUACUUUGUUGGUCGCAGGUGACCACCGGGGCCAAGAUGGCCGCAUACUAUCUUGCCGGAGUGGCGUACAUGAUCCAACCCGUCGUAUUCACCUGGGCAAGCAAGAUACUGUCCAGAGACGGCGACGAUGCAGCACGUGCCAUUACUCUCUACGCCAUGAAUGGUGCUUCAUCCGUCUUGUACGCGUUCUGGGGCGUCGCCUUGUACCCGGCGACGGACGCAGGAACGGGUUUUUGGAAGGGUACCAUUACCAUGGUUGUCGUGUCCGUCAGCCUGGCACUGUGGAUCUGCGUCGUUUGGUGGCAGGACAAGAGAAGCGCAAGGGAUCCUGUAGUCUCUCAGUACCUUGAGGAGAAGACGGCAGAAACCCAAAUCGAACAGGCCUAG